AUGGAGAUAAAUCGGGCGUUACAAGCGGCCAUGCAGCAGCAGCAACAGCCGGCGGUACCUCGACCCAUCCAUCGUCGCACUUAUAUACCUCGUGACCGCAUCACAACACACCAUCGGUUGUACGCGGACUACUUUGCUCAGCCGCGGUUUGGAGACAACUUAUUCCACCGACGUUUCAGGAUGCGUCGUGAAUUGUUUCUUCGUAUCGUUGGUGCUUUAGAGCGUCGAUACUUAUAUUUCAGGACGAGAGAGUAUGCGGUUGGUAGACCGGGCCACACGCCCAUUCAGAAGUGCACUGCAGCGAUCAGGCAGCUGGCUUACGGAGGUACGACCGACAUGUUCGACGAGUUCCUCCACAUCGGCGAGACGACUGCCCGCGAAUGUAUGGAGUUUUUUUGUCAAAGCAUUAGGGAGAUAUUCAAGGAUACCUAUCUUCGGAAGCCUACCCCACAAGACUGCCAGGAUCUGAUGGCUAUGCACGGGAGCCAGCACGGGUUUCCGGGAAUGUUGGGCAGCAUAGACUGUAUGCAUUGGGAAUGGAAGAACUGUCCCUCCGCCUGGAAAGGGUUGUUCACAACCGGUUUCAAGAGCAAACAUCCCACGAUAGUCCUUGAGGCGGUAGCUGACUACCGACUGUGGAUUUGGCAUGCAUAUUUUGGAGUAGCCGGUUCGAACAACGACAUCAACGUCCUACAGUCAUCUCCCCUUUUCAACGACCAAGAACUCAGUGUUGGUCCGGCUGUCAGUUUCGACGCCAACGGCAACCAGCAUAACAUGGGCUACUAUUUGGCGGAUGGGAUCUAUCCUAUGUGGGCCGUCUUCAUGAAGACGGUCAGAUGCGCAACAGAAGAUAAGAAGAAAUACUUUGCUCGUCAGGAAACAGCGCGCAACGAUGUGGAGCGGGCAUUUGGUGUGCUCCAGAGUCGAUGGGCGAUAUUGAGGGGUCCAUCACGGUUGUGGGAUAUGGAGACCAUCGUUGAUGUCAUGUACGCGUGUAUUAUCAUGCACAACAUGAUUGUCGAAGAUGAAGGUCUAGCACUAAUUGAGUGGGUCGAUGAUGAUGGUGUCGGUCCAAGCCACGGUGUGGCCACCUCCAGUGCACGUAUGGGGGUACCCCAGGAAGGGCUCGACCGGGUCCGUGCAUUUUCCGACAUGCGCCAACGACAAGCCCAUAUUCGACUCCAGAACGAUAUAAUUGAAGAGCUAUGGUUGCGUCGGGGUGGUCGUUGA